AACUAAUUCCAGGCCAGCUCUUCUCAUCCUUUCUUCGCAUAUUUACUCACUCACUUACUCCUCGUGCUUCUCACGUAUUAGGGUUUCUCUCUCUCUCUCUCUCCCUCAAACUUCAUCUUCUCUCUUUGCUUCCAGUUUUCAAAUAUCGAAACUUGAAUCUCGCAUUUGCUGAUAUCUUCAACUCAUCUGCAUCUCCAUUUCCGAUUCCAGCUCAAAUUCGCCAUACAAUAUCUGGGAUUGGUGAAGGAACAGGAGUUGGUGAGUUAUGGCGCUGAAAGUUCCAGCUCCAAAAGCUGCCGAGAUUGCAAUUGGAUCAAUAGGGCGAGGAUACGACAUCUCAAUUGAUCUAAGGCUCAAGUACUGUAAAGGGGACUCAACUAAAUCUUGUUUAAUUGAGGUUGAUCAAGAUGAAGGACGUCAGAUCGUUUUGCCCGGUGGAAUUACAAUCCCAAAUGUAUCUAAAUCGAUCAAAUGCGACAAGGGAGAACGAACCCGAUUUAGGUCCGAUGUUCUAUCUUUUCAGCAGAUGUCGGAACAGUUCAACCAGGAAAUAUCUUUAACUGGGAAAAUUCCUUCAGGCCUCUUCAAUGCCAUGUUUGAUUUCUCAGGAUGUUGGCAGAAAGAUGCAGCCAACACUAAGACCCUAGCUUUUGAUGGAGUGUUUAUUACACUCUACACUGUUGCAUUGGAGAAGUCUCAGAUGGUACUACGUGAUCACGUUAGGAAAGCUGUCCCACCAUCAUGGGAACCUGCUGCAUUAGCAAGGUUUAUUGACACAUUUGGCACUCACAUUAUUGUUGGAGUGAAGAUGGGAGGGAAGGAUGCUAUAUACAUGAAGCAACAGCACUCAUCAACUCUUCAGCCAGCUGAUGUGCAAAAAAAAUUAAAAGAUAUUGCUGAUAAAAGAUUUUUAGAUGCCAAUGGCCACUAUGGUACGUCUUCUCAACAAGUAUACAAGAAUGACAAGUCAGAAACCAGGGAGCAGCGCCUGCGGUUUGCAGAGGCUAGUCCAUCAAGCUCUUAUUCACACAAGGAGGAUAUUGUGACCAUUUGCAAAAGGAGAGGUGGAACUGAUGGUAGAUCCUUAUCUCAUAAUGAAUGGCUACAAACUGUUCAGUUGGAACCAGAUGUGAUAUCAAUGUCAUUUAUCCCCAUUACCUCUCUGUUGAAUGGAGUCCCAGGGAGUGGAUUUUUGAGCCAUGCCAUAAAUCUUUAUUUACGUUAUAAACCACCAAUUGAAGAGCUCCAUCAAUUUUUGGAGUUUCAGCUACCAAGACAGUGGGCACCAGUGUUCAGUGAACUACCCCUUGGUCCACAAAGAAAGCAACAGAGCAAUGUAUCUCUACAGUUUAGUUUCAUGGGUCCCAAGCUUUAUGUGAACACUAUUCCGGUUGACGUGGGUAAGAGGCCAGUGACUGGUCUUCGGCUAUAUCUAGAAGGUAAGAGAAGCAACCGCUUAGCCAUCCAUUUACAACACCUCUCUUCUCUCCCCAAAGUCUUUCAACUUCAAGAUGAUCCAGAUGGCAACUUCCAUCGUGAAUCCUAUGAUCGUAAAUACUAUGAAAAAGUACAAUGGAAGAACUUCUCUCACGUUUGCACUGCUCCUGUGGAAUCUGAUGAGGAUCUUUCUAUAGUCACAGGAGCCUUGUUACAGGUUGAGAAUUAUGGUAUCAAGAAUAUCCUAUUCUUGAGACUUCGCUUCUCCAGAGUUUCAGGAGCGACAGUUGUAAAGCAUCCCGAGUGGGAUGGAUCACCAGGGCUUGGAGCCAAGUCUGGAUUAAUAUCGACACUAAUCAGCCAUCACUUUACAACAGUUCAUAAGCCACCUCCAAGGCCAGCAGAGGUGAACAUAAACUCUGCUGUCUACCCGGGAGGUCCCCCUGUCCCUGUCCAAGCACCUAAGCUCCUGAAAUUCGUGGACACCACAGAAAUGACAAGAGGACCACAGGACAAUCCAGGGUAUUGGGUUGUUUCCGGGGCAAGACUCGUUAUUGAAAAGGGCAGGAUUUCACUACGCGUCAAGUAUUCUUUGCUGACUGUAGUCGUACCUGAUGAGGAAGUGUUAGAAGAUCAUUAACUCUUCUAAGGAAUGAUUUUGACUUCUAAUCCAUCCAAGGAGACAAGAGAAAGAAAGUGGAGGAAACAAGGACAGUUAGAGAUGAUUUUCCUAAUUCUGACAAUGUAGAUUCCUCGCUGCUUGUCAAAUGUGAGAAGUUAUCGAUGAAGUUAGUGGGAAAUGGGUGGUGGGGUGGGAUUAUUGAAUGGAGGCUAGUAUAGAACGAAAGAAGUGAAAAUAGGACACAAAAAAUUGGUUUCCCCCAUUACUUGUAAACAUGCAAUUUGGGGAUGUGAAUGAAAUGGAAAUGGGAUGAUAAAUUGAAGGAAUUGGGCCCGAAUGAGGUAGCUAGGCUAUGCUACACAACUGAAUCAAAAUUCUUUUGUCUUUGGAAUAUUUUCCUAAUCUCUAAUUGAACAGAUAAUAAAAUAAAUACUGUACUGGUGUUGAAUUAAAAUA